AUGUCCUACUACGAUGUUGACGCGAUUUUGACCGAUUCCCAAAAGUUGCCUUGUACUUUCGAGUUGGACGUGCCCGGGCUGGGGUACCUAGACGGGAAUGCCGGAGGAACUAUCAAAGCCGGUACAAAGAUUGAUCUUCCAAUGUGGCUAGGCAUCAUGCUUGCUGUGUCGACGGGAAACACACCCGGUUCUCCACGUCUGGUGUCUCUCGACUUCCCAGCGCCACUCCAGCAGCGUGUCAUCAAUGCAUUAAAAGCAGAUCCGAAGAGCGUCGAUUUACGCGCACAAGCACCACAUUUCUACGCCCUGGGCGCACGGAUUAUGGAAUUGUUUGAUGAUCGGGCCAUAUUGGAUACUCUACUAGAUACAUUCAAAGAACGGGCUCCGGAAAUCGCAGAUCAGGCGCACAAUCCACGUGGAGCUUUGGGUGAAGGUGCCGAGUUCUUGAGAGGCCUGGAUGAAACUGAGCGCCAGUUGUUCAAAGCAGCGCAUGAGGGCCCUAAAGCGGUAAAAGCUUGGACACAGGAAUUGAAGAAAAAUAAUCGAGGAUGA